UGUAGCUAUAAGGAGACAUAUCACCUCUGGGUAUUUUUCGAAAAGCUAAUUUUUACAGUUAAAGAGGACUUGAGCUGGGAUCAUGACUCACAGCGAAGGCACGGGCAAGAAAGAGCAAUACAUUUCUACAUCACUGGAAUAUGUCUCGGUAUUACCAUUUUCAACCAUGUUGGCCGCAUGAUUGUGGAUUCCUUAAAAAUAAUUACAAGAGUCGAAAACACUAUUGGACGGCUUCACCCCUGUCAAAAGAGAUCUCCGCUGCUGAUUGGUUCAUUGCACGUGUGAGUAGACUCACGUGCUUCCGGUUAGUCUGGGGAAAAAAAAGGUGUGUUAGAGGCUGAGCAAUUUUAGGAGAAUUUCCCGAAGAUCGAAGCUUCGUAGAUUAGAGAAGGGCUGGGACUGCGAGACUGCGCGCAAUGUAUUUUCAGUUUUUUCACGCGGCCAGAUUAUGACAGUUGGAGACCUAAACCCACACGAUGCCGUCCAUUUAGAAAUUAAGAGAGUAAAAUUCGGCAACGGCAUUUAAUGUCAUAAGAUACUGUUGUUUUUCCUUCAUAACUGGAUACAAAUAUUGACCAACAAGUGGAAUUCCGUGUGGGAGUGAACGUUCCCGUGCUGAACUGGUUCCAGUUAUGGAAGAGCAAAAGGAUCAAAACGGCCAGGAUUCGAGUGAGGGAGAGAGCGUCUCCCUUUCUCCCAAUAUGCCGUCUCCGCCAAUUUUGCCCCAUCAGGCAGUGCAGCAAGCUCACAGAACCACCAACUUUUUUAUUGAUAACAUUCUGCGGCCGGACUUCGGAUGCAAGAAGGAGAGCGGGAGCAGGGAGCGGGCACCGACCGCGGGCAGGGAUAACGUCAGUCUUCUGAGAAUACGGCCGUCUCAUCCUACAAUAUUGUGCCAGGAUUCAAACGGCAGCAGUGACGGCACUUCUUCCUCGUCCUCCUCUUCGUCUUCGCCGUCCUCGAAACAGAGCGCGGCGAAGCCGGAGCAAGGGAACGGAACUAACGGGACAAAGUACGACGAGGGCACUACGUCGAUUGUGGUUGUAAAUAAAGGAGGAGCCGAUAAAAAUAAAGAAGCGCAGCCGCUGCUGUGGCCCGCCUGGGUCUACUGCACGCGGUACUCAGACAGACCGUCAUCCGGCCCAAGAACACGAAAGUUGAAAAAGAAAAAAGACGAGAAGGAAGACAAGCGCCCGAGAACAGCGUUCACGGCCGAACAGCUGCAAAGACUUAAAACGGAGUUUCAGGCCAAUCGCUAUAUCACGGAGCAAAGGAGACAGACUCUGGCCCAGGAACUCAACCUCAACGAAUCGCAAAUAAAAAUAUGGUUCCAAAAUAAGAGGGCGAAAAUAAAAAAGGCCAACGGCAUCAAGAACGCCCUCGCGCUGCAGCUCAUGGCGCAAGGACUGUACAACCAUUCCACCACCACCGUUCAGGAAGACAAGGUGGACAGCGACUGAACCGACUCUCUUUUUUUUCCUCUCACGUGCCAUAGAUAGCAUACUUCUGGGGAAGGAUUAUUAUUAUUAUUAUUAUUAUUAUUAUUAUUAUUAUUAUUAUUAUAGCCAAAUUGUGAAGUAAACCAUAAAUCUAGACAGAGGGCUAUCCAAAUCAGACCUCUGUCUACUACAUAGCGUAUAUAUAUAUAUAUAUAUAUAUAUAUAUAUAUAUAUAUAUAUAUAUAUAUAUAUAUAUAUAUAUAUAUAUAUAUAUAUAUAUAAUUGUAGAUAUUUAAUUUCAGGUGGUUAAAUAUCAGAAGGGUGUACCUGUACCGAAUAAUACUUGCUGGGAAAUAUUUGUUUUCUUUAUGAAGCUGAUCACUGUUUUUGUACAUCUCUGAAUCAUCACGAUUUUUUUUUCAACAGUUCAUUUUUGUCUCCCGAAUUCAAACUGCAUUCAACCAAUUUUACAGAUUUCGUUCUUGAUUCGCCGCUUGAAGCCAAAGAUUUUAAUAUGUUCAGAAAAAAAUGUGGACUGAAAUAAAAGUGUAUAAUGCACACGA